UUAAAACGUCAUCAAACUGCGACGUAGGAGGGAACAAGCGCCACAUUUCUACUGCGCCAAAUUAUUUGGGCAUUUACAUCGUUAGCAGGUUACAGCUACAGUUCAACAACUCUGUGGCCUCCAUCGGGCAUUAAUGCACCAUGAGUAUAUUUGGGACAAACACUGGGUUUGGAGCAGGAGGGACUGGGGUCUUUGGAAACGCGACUACAGACAGCCACAAUCCCAUGAAGGAUGUUGAAGUGACUUCACCGCCAGAUGACAGCAUCAGCUGCCUCGCUUUCAGCCCCCCCACCAUGCCAGGAAACUUCCUUAUUGGAGGAUCGUGGGCAAAUGAUGUGCGGUGCUGGGAGGUGCAAGACAAUGGACAGACUGUCCCCAAAGCCCAACAGAUGCACACAGGUCCAGUGCUGGAUGCAUGCUGGAGUGAUGAUGGGAGUAAAGUCUUUACUGCUUCCUGUGACAAAACAGCCAAGAUGUGGGAUCUUAACAGCAAUCAAGCAAUGCAGAUUGCACAGCAUGAAGGUCCGAUUAAAUCCAUCCACUGGAUAAAAGCCCCAAACUACAGCUGUAUCAUGACUGGCAGCUGGGACAAAACACUGAAGUUCUGGGACACCCGCUCCCCCAACCCCAUGAUGUCUCUGCAGAUGCCAGAGAGGUCCUACUGUGCAGAUGUUGUAUACCCCAUGGCUGUGGUUGCUACAGCUGAGAGAGGCCUGAUCGUGUACCAGUUGGAGAACCAGCCCUCUGAGUUUCGCAGAAUAGACUCUCCUCUCAAACAUCAGCACCGCUGUGUUGCCAUAUUCAAGGACAAGCAGAACAAGCCAACGGGCUUUGCACUGGGAAGCAUUGAGGGCCGAGUGGCCAUCCACUAUAUCAACCCUCCAAACCCAGCCAAAGACAACUUCACCUUUAAGUGCCACAGGUCUAAUGGAACAAACACAACCACUCCACAGGACAUCUAUGCUGUGAAUGCUAUUUCUUUCCAUCCUGUCCAUGGCACACUGGCUACUGUAGGCUCAGACGGGCGCUUCAGCUUCUGGGACAAAGAUGCCCGUACCAAGUUGAAGACCUCAGAGCAGCUUGACCAGCCCAUUACGGCUUGCUGCUUCAACAGCAAUGGCAACAUCUUUGCGUAUGCUUCUAGUUACGACUGGUCGAAGGGCCACGAGUACUACAACCCCCAGAAAAAGAACUACAUCUUCUGAGGAACGCUGCAGAGGAGCUGAAGCCUCGGAACAAGAAAUGAUUCAUCGUGCCAAGUUGCAUCUCUUGGGGGGAAAUGCGGAAGACCUGCUGCUUUAGUGUGUGUAUACGCUCGGGACAGACUCCUUCCUUUCGACAAACACCUGGACCAAUGCCGCGUACUGUGCAUGGACCAAUCAGAGGGGUCCACCAAACCUGGCAUUGAUGACAGCUGUGUGACAAUUGGUCGCAGAGGUCAUCAUAGAAUGGGAGGGCUUUCUUUUUCAUUCACCUCGAUGUUUCGUUGUUGUUGUUGUUGUUUUUUUAAAUGUGUCCAGCUCUUCAUUUUUUUUACAGCUUUCCAAAGACUUUUGAUGCUCUUAUGAUGUUGUCACUGUGGUUUAGGUCAAUUGAUAAGACUGGGAUGUAAAAUAAAUAAGAAAUGCAUAAUGUUAGACGUCAACAACAUCAUUCCAAGUCACGGGGGUAAGUAGGUAAAGAGAUCAUCCAAUGUGUCUGCUGUGUAGUUGUUGCUAAGGAUUUAUUGGACGGUAUUGUGCAUGCAAACAAUGAACUUGACCACUCUAAUAUUUCAGCUGUAAAACUCAUUAUGUGAGUCUCUGACAUAUGAAUCAUCACAAAAUCAAAGUUAUAAACUUAAGACAACUUAUGUAUCAUAUGA